AAGGCGCCCCAUACCAGGACCCUUUUGCCACUCACCUGCUAGACUAAAAUAUCCUCCCCAAUACAAAGUCCACAGCUAGGUACUUUGUCCACAUCACAUCACACAUCACAUUACCAAGCAACAAAUCAUCAACAUGGGUUACGCAAAGAACGACUCCAAGGCUGCAAAUGCCUCGUCGGUCGAGAUCCCAUUCGACAUGCCUGUCAUUGACUACAAGGGUAUGCACGGCAGCCCGGAAGAGCGCGCGAAGUGGCUGAAGGAGCUGGAUAGGGGAUUCCAAAUCUAUGGAUUCUGCUAUCUGUCCAACUCUACCAUUUCUCAAGAGCUGCUUGACGAGGCGUUUGAGUGGUCGCGCAAACUCUUUGCGCUCCCAUUUGAGACCAAGAUGAAGGCGGAGCACCCUGCAUAUGAGACCCCUUAUAGUCACCGUGGGUAUGCCAAGCAGGGAGUUGGCCACACCGUGCAGUUGCUUUUUGAUCAUGACGAGAUUGAAAAGACCAAAAUCACUGAGCCGGAGAUCAAGGAGACGUUUGAGCUGGGCAACGGUCUCCCAAACAGCGGGCUGGUUCCCAACAACUACGUUCCCGAAGAGGACCUGCCUGGUUUCCGAGCAUUCCACGAGAAGUGGUUUGUGGAGUGCACCAAGCUCGCCCAGAGCCUGCUCAAGGACUGCGGCGACGCGCUGGGGCUCAAGGAUCCAGAACUGUUCUGCAAGCAACACUCGAUGAACGACGCCCACAUCAGCUUGAUGCACUACCCUGAGAUCUCCAUUGAACCACUGCACAGCGGCAAGGCGGCCCGCCUGAAUGCCCACACUGACUACGGCAGCCUGACCAUGCUCUUCCAGGGUGAGAUUGGCGGGCUGGAGGUGUACGACGGUGAGGUCUUCAAGCCCAUCGUGCCCAAGAAGGGUACCAUCAUCCUCAACGUGGGUGACAUGCUCGAGAGACAGUCCAACGGCCGCUGGAAGAGCUCGCUCCACCGUGUGGUGGGCCCCCGCGACAUCAUGAUGCAGGAGGGCUUCGACCCCAAGGGCACCGUGGUCGACAGGUAUACCAUUGUCUACUUUUGCCAGCCCGAUGCCUCGGUCAUGAUCGAAACUGCGCCCGGCUGCGAAGAGCCCGGGGCCUGGAAGCCGACCAUGGUGGGAGAAUGGGGUGAUAAGAUGACCUCGCUCGAGUGGCUGCACAAGCGAUAUCUCGCCGAAUUUCACUGAGCCGUCAUGUAUGAUUUGGUUGUGCCUGGUUCGGCCAGAAUGUGUAGAUAAACUUUCUCCUUUUAUUAUUGUUUUUCUUUUUUCUUUUUUUUUUUUUUUUUUUUUUUUUUGAUUCCCUCUUUAGGAAAUAGUCAGG